AUGCCCUAUGUAAGCCCUCGAACCGACCAGGUCCAGACCAUCCAGCAUCAGGACAUCGUACAAGGAUACAGAGUAGAUUUAGAGAAUGUAUGGGACCUAGUGGAACUACAGAAACUGGACAACCGUCCGAACGUCUGGAACAAAGAUCCUAAUGCAGCGGCGAAUGUAACAGAAUCAGAGGAUUCAGAGGUGGUGAAUACGAGACAACUUUAUCCGGUGAUUCCUAAUCCCGGAGACACGAACGAGCUACCAGGGCCUAUAUCGCCGACCAUUAAACCGAUACCAACCGCGACACCACAGCCGGGAUGUUACGCUAUGAGGGGACAAUUUCCGAGCCCCAAAGGUUGCGCUAACUAUUUAAACUGCUGGGACGAUGUGGUCACCGAGCAAACUUGCCCCGACAGCUUACUAUUCAACGAUAUUACUCUGGUCUGCGAUUACGAUUACAACGUGAACUGCGGUAGCCGUCCUAUGCCUACGCCGAAACCACCUAUGCCCCCGGGAUCAAAAUUGUGCCCGGAACCGAACGGUCGUUACAGAAGUGCGACGAACUGUUCGGAGUUCUUCGUGUGCGUCUACAGAAAGCCUAUCAAAUUCGCCUGUCCUCGCGGCCUGGUCUAUAACGACGUGCUAAGCGUAUGCGAUUACCCGUACAACGUGAAUUGCAAAGGUUCAGCAACUCCUGGACCCACGCUUCCAACUCAAACGAGUCCUUCGCAACCACAGCCUCCUACCCAACCGUCUCAACCACCAUCUUUACCACCAUCGCAACAACCGACCUAUCCACCAUCGCCGCCAUACGUACCUUCGCAACCACAACAGCCACCUUAUGUACCUUCACAACCACCUUAUGUACCUCCGCAACCUCAACAGCCACCCUAUGUACCCCAGCAACCGCAACAGCCACCCUAUGUACCCCAGCAACCGCAACAGCCAUCUUAUGGCCCCCAGCAACCGCAACAGCCAUCUUAUGGUCCCCAGCAACCGCAACAGCCAUCUUACGGACCUCAGCAACCAUCUUAUUCCACCAAUCCCUGGCUAAGCAAAACGGAAACCGAUCCAUGGAACCAAAGACCAGUCGCUUCGCAAUUAGAAAUCGACAGCCAAAAACAGAAAGAGGCGUUCGGUGUACAAGACUCGACAGAGGAAAUUGAAAAUCCCUGGACGCUGUUGCAAAGUAUUCCUGCGAACUUAAGUAGAGUUCCUUGUAAUAACGGAGACAUACACAGACUGAACAAUGCCUGUACGAACAUAGUGGUCUGUAGAAACGGUCGGCCACAAUUGGUACAGUGUGUGACGGGAUUAACGUACGACAGGCCAUCGGAUUCUUGUAAACCCUUCUCUAUUGCCAAAUGCUAA